AUGUCAUGGGCGGCGCUCUUCAUUGUUAAGGUUAGCGACUUACUGCUGAUGCCACCGGAGGAGCGCAGAUAUGAGGCACUCAAGGAGCGGCUGCUGCAGGUGUUUGAGGAGUCGGAGACACGGCAGUUCCAAAAGUUGCUGGGAGAGAUGGAACUGGGCAGCCAGAAGCCUUCCCAACUACUGCGGCACUUGGCACGUUCGAAAAUUCCAGACCCAACGUUGCAAAUUAUGUGGAAUAGCCACCUUCCAGCGGCGGUGCAAGCGGUUUUAGCAGUCACGGAGGGCAAGGAGUUGGACAAUUUGGCCGUGAUUGCCGACAAGGUCAUCGAGGCCACCCGGCCAGCAGAGUUAUCGGCGGUGGCGACAUCGAGCUCGAUCCCAAAAGACACCGCCAUAUCUUCAGACUUGGCCGCCGCGUUACAUAAACUGAGUGUCGAGGUUUCGGAACUACGUCGCGCGCGGCAACCAUAUCGUGGUCCACGUAGACGUAAUUCACGUAGGUCGAGGUCGCGCACUAGGGACGCGAGUAGGCAUCGAAGGGACCCUGAAUGGUUGUGCUUCUACCACUACAAAUAUCGUUCCAAAGCAACCAACUCUUGUGGCGAUUUUGUCCGCUGCCAUUGGGUUGAUGGUGUGCCGGCGCAGAAUUUUGGGUUCGCAAGCAGACCAGCUGCAACGGUCAGCACGGCGACCGUCCAGACGGUGCCUCAACAACAGGCGCCUGUGGCUAGUGCAUACGUG